AUGACAUGGGGGUACAUUCCUACUUUAAAUAAACCUGAGAGACAGGGUGUGCAGCGAUAUGAUCGUAAAAAACGGUGGACAGGUAUAUUGCAGACUUUGCUAGGUGAUGAAUAUUAUGUGGUGGAAGAAGGUCUAAAUAGUAGAACAACCAAUAUUGAUUAUAGUGCGCCAGAAAAAGCCGGACGGAAUGGCAAACAAUUUCUACCAAUUUGCUUAUGUACGCAUGCUCCUUUAGAUGUGGUUAUAGUCAUGCUGGGUAUCAAUGAUUUGAAAAAUGAAUUUAAUCAUCGUACAAGCAAAGAUAUCGCCAGUGGACUGGAUGAGCUACUUACCAUUAUUAAUCAAUCAACAUAUGGCACUGACAUGAAAUCUGCACCAAAAAUUUUAUUAAUUAGCUCGCCGAUACCCACACAUGAACAAGGCUUUCCGGACAAUGCGUUUACAAAUGCAAUUAUUCGUGCAAAAGAUUUUGCCAAAGAUUUUAAACAAGUUGCCGAUAAACACAAGGCUUAUUUUAUGGAUGCAGCUAGCGAAAUAAAACCAAGUGAUAUUGAUGGUAUACAUUUUGACGACGAAGCACAUAAACGGCUUGCCGAUAUGUUGUAUUCUGAAAUAAAAAAAAUUCUAUAG